AUACUUAUUUUGUUGGCAAACUAUUAAGUUACAGCUGGUAUCAUUAUUAUUUGAAGUUUGUUUCGGAAAAAAUGGCUGGCGUGCUGGCGAAAGUUGUUCAGGGAACAAAAACACAUUUUGGCAUUGUCGGCCCUCUGGUGAGUGUCAACAAUGGAGCUGUGCGGUACCAGCAGACGGCUGCUCCCACGAAGACCAAGUUCGGUCCUCUGGCGGACAGCGACCGAGUGUUUACCAACUUGUAUGGUCGCCACGACUGGAGGUUAAAGGGAGCCCUCGCCCGCGGUGACUGGUACAAGACCAAGGAGAUCCUGCUGAAGGGUCAUGAGUGGAUUCAAGGUGAACUAAAGACCUCAGGUCUCCGUGGUCGAGGAGGCGCCGGUUUCCCCACCGGUAUGAAAUGGUCGUUCAUGAACAAGCCCUCUGAUGGCCGCCCCAAGUACCUAGUAGUGAAUGCUGAUGAAGGAGAGCCCGGCACGUGCAAGGAUCGUGAGAUUAUGCGUCACGACCCACACAAGCUGGUGGAAGGGUGUCUGAUUGCUGGCAAGGCUAUGGGAGCUCAAGCUGCGUACAUCUACAUUAGAGGAGAGUUUUACAAUGAGGCCAGCAACUUGCAGGUUGCGAUUGCUGAGGCAUACCAAGCAGGUCUGAUCGGCAAGAAUGCUUGUGGUUCCGGCUACGACUUCGACGUCUACGUCCACCGCGGAGCCGGAGCUUACAUCUGUGGAGAGGAGACGGCUCUCAUUGAGUCCAUUGAGGGAAAGCAGGGCAAGCCGCGCCUUAAGCCGCCAUUCCCCGCUGAUGUUGGUCUGUUUGGAUGCCCAACCACUGUGAACAAUGUUGAGACUAUUGCUGUUUCACCAACCAUCUGCCGUCGCGGAGGCAGCUGGUUCGCCUCCUUCGGACGGGCGCGUAACUCGGGCACGAAACUGUUCAACAUCUCCGGCCACGUCAACACUCCUUGUACUGUCGAGGAGGAGAUGAGCAUACCGCUCAAGGAGCUGAUUGAGCGGCACGCGGGAGGGAUACUCGGUGGAUGGGACAACCUGCUGGCGAUCAUCCCUGGGGGGUCGUCGACGCCGUUGAUUCCUAAGGACGUCUGCGAGACAGUCCUAAUGGACUUCGACGGCCUCGUAGCCGCACAAACAUCCCUCGGGACGGCCGCCAUCAUCGUGAUGAACAAGCAGACCGACAUCGUGAAGGCCAUCGCCCGGCUCAUCAUGUUCUACAAGCACGAGUCCUGCGGGCAGUGCACGCCGUGUCGCGAGGGAGUGUCGUGGAUGAAUAAGAUUAUUUACAGAAUGGUGGACGGUAACGCGUCACCGAAAGAAAUCGACAUGCUUUGGGAGAUCUCCAAACAAAUUGAAGGCCACACAAUCUGCGCGCUAGGCGACGGCGCGGCGUGGCCCGUCCAAGGUCUGAUCCGGCACUUCCGGCCCGAGCUGGAGCGCCGCAUGGACGAGUACGCGGCGCAGCACGGGCCCAGCAAGGCCGAGCGGCUGUACUAGACCACCCUGUAGAUGUAGGAUCACGGGCGCGGGAGCGACGAUACGGCGAACAUACUGUAGAUAGGCCGUAUAGGGAAAGAAAGCUGGACAG